GCGCUUCCCAAGCCAGGCUGGGUUAAAGUUGCAGCCGACAGCCUUGGGAUUUAAAGGGCCCGCUGCCUGACCGAAGUUGGUUUGAAGGCAGGAGGUGGUUGGCUGUGGACGGCACUUGGUCAUGGGACCUGUGCGGUUGGGAGUGUUGCUUUUCAUUUUGACUGUGUCUGGGACGCCGAAGGAGGAGGACGAUGACACAGAACGCUUGCCCAGCAAAUGCGAAGUAUGUAAACUGCUGAGCCUGGAGCUACAGGACGAGCUGAGUCGCACUGGCCGAUCUCGAGAGGUGCUGGAGCUGGGGCAGGUGCUGGACACAGGCAAGAGGAAGAGACACAUCCCUUACAGUGUUUCAGAGACAAGGCUGGAAGAGGCCUUGGAGAAUUUAUGUGAGCGGAUCCUGGACUACAGUGUUCAUGCCGAGCGCAAGGGCUCACUGAGAUAUGCCAAGGGGCAGAGUCAGACCAUGGCAACGCUGAAAGGCCUGGUGCAGAAGGGGGUGAAGGUGGAUCUGGGGAUCCCUUUGGAGCUGUGGGAUGAGCCCAGCGUGGAGGUCACGUUCCUCAAGAAGCAGUGUGAGACGAUGCUGGAGGAGUUUGAAGACGUCGUGGGAGACUGGUAUUUCCACCAUCAGGAGCAGCCCCUACAGCAUUUUCUCUGUGAAGGUCAUGUGCUCCGAGCUACUGAAACUGCAUGUCUACAGGAAACUUGGACUGGAAAGGAGAAGAUCACAGAUGGGCAAGAGAAGACAGAAGAGGAGGAGGAGGAGAGUGAGGCAAGACCUAAGAGGAGCUAAAACUAGGUCCAAGGUAGAGAGCGGCUCCGGUUAGAAUGAAGAAAAUAACAAGGUUAUCUCCGGAGGGUGGCGGUUGAGGACCUCACACGCGAGCGGGG